CGAAUCUCCCUGUGGAUACGAUCGACGGCUUUCAAGCAACACGUACAAUCAAAAAUCUAUCCUCUACAUCAUGGAUGAGCUCGACACUUUUUAGACUCGUACAGUUGAGAUUGAGGAUAUAAGAAGGCCAGUGAGAGAGCUUACCGAUAUUUUGGGGGAGGCCACAAAAGAAUUACGUAUUUGCUGCUUUUGCGAGUUAUCCGUUGGAGAUUAUUCAGCCAGUAGAAAGGUAAUUAUGGCAGAGGAGCAAUUGAAGAAAGUUGAAGCCGAAUCGACGGCGGCUCCGGCUCCGGCUCCGAUAGAGACGACGAAGACCGUCGCCGAGGAGAAAGCAGUAAUUCAACAUCCAGAAGAGAAAGUUGAUGACUCCAAGGCUCUCGCUCUUGUUGAGAAAACUGGACAAUCUGCACCAAAGAAAAUUUCAGGUGGAUCAAUUGACAGGGAUAUUGCCCUAGCAGACCUUGAAAAGGAGAAGAGAUUAUCUUUCGUCAAGGCCUGGGAAGAUAGUGAGAAAACAAAAGCAGAUAAUAAGGCCCAGAAGAAGCUCUCUGCCGUUGCCGCAUGGGAGAACAGCAAAAAAGCAGCUACUGAAGCCCAACUAAGAAAGAUUGAGGAACAAUUGGAGAAGAAGAAAGCAGAAUAUGCAGAAAAAAUGAAAAAUAAAAUAGCUUUAAUCCACAAGCAAGCAGAGGAAAAGAAGGCAAUGGUUGAAGCAAAACGCGGAGAAGAAUUCCUCAAAGCUGAGGAGAUGGCUGCGAAGUACCGGGCAACUGGCCAGACUCCGAAAAAGCUCCUUGGUUGUUUCUAAGUUAAGAAUUUUUCAGCAAGUAAAUUUAAUCCAUCCAGUUUCUUUGCAUGUUUCUUCUCCAUGGCAGUUGAGUUUUCACCUGUACAUUUCUCUUUUCUUUUUUCUUUCUUUCACGUUGUUUUUGUGUGUUAACUUUGACCGGAAAUUCAGUGAAUGGUUAUUUAUUGAGUGUAUUAAUAUAGGAAUAUUGUGUUUGAUCUGUUUAGUAAUUUUUCAUUCGUGUUCGAGAUGUAUAUUACAAGACCUAGCAAUUUACUUCCCGCAUCA